GCAUCAAACAGCCACACUUUCUUCUCUGCAGUGUUGAGGAAGCCAGUGAAGGAGACGAAGACGUCGCUGACUGUGCAGAAUAUAACGGCCAUUAAAGAAGAAAGAAGGUUCUGUUAGGAGAAGUAUGGAUCGCUACGGUUCUAACGGCAGAGGAGUCAUGGACGAAGUGGACAUCGCCCGCCAGCCCAACCAAAACAUCGCUGACGACGCUGUGGACGCCAAACCCGAUGGAAACGACAGCGGUAGGCGGAGACAGGCGGAGUCGAUACCAACUUCCUCUAACGUUCUGCCAAACCCUGGUGUCUCCCGCGAAGCUGAGGAGUACUUCAUGGGCAACCGGGAGCGCGGUGUAGCCCUCAUCUUCAGCCACGAGGUAUUUGACGAUCGUCGGUGUGCAGAUGGGAACCACCGACCAAAAGAUAGGCUUGGCACAAAAGUCGACAGAGACGCUCUUCGUGGUAUUUUCGAAAGUCUUGGCUUCGAAGUACUCUGUUUCGACGAUCUAUACCUCUACCAAAUAAGGAAUGAGCUGAGACGGGUGGCCGAUCAGAACCACAGCAACCGUGACUGCGUCGCAGUGGCGGUGCUCACGCACGGUGAGAGGAACGGCCAGCUGGACGCCAGGGACCACGAGUACAACGUCAGCGAGCUGUGGGAACCGUUCACAGCCAGGCUGUGCCCCACUCUCGCCGGCAAACCCAAGCUCUUCUUCAUACAGGCGUGUAGGGGAACAGGUACCGAUGCCGGCGUGACGGUGAGCGACCUCACUGCAGACGCGCCCGACAAUGGCCGCGCCGAGGAGCUCACUUACCCAGUGCCUUCUUACGCCGACAUCAUCGUUUCACACUCGACAUUCGAAGGUCUAUACUCCUUCCGCAAUCCAACAAACGGCUCGUGGUACGUUGAGACACUGUGUUCUCAACUUGAAGUUCACGGCAGAUCCAAGGACCUGGUGUCGCUGCUCACUGACGUGAAUCGCAUCGUCGGUCAGAGAUAUCGCUCAGAAAACAAGAGCCUGCCAAACCUGCAUGGCAAGGUGCAGGCGCCGUGCUUCACCUCAUCCUUGACACGGAGUCUAUGCUUUGGUCAUAAUGGCCAUGGCCACCCUCAAAGAUCCUCGCAUGAUGUCCGCCGCAAAAAACCUCGUCUCACCCAUAUAAAUGUAGAAAAUAGUUCCUAAGAGUUUCUAUGUUUCCACCAAAGCACCUGAAACCUCAGCUGCUGAAUGUAAUCUGCUGUACCGCCCAGAGUCACGAUUCACUUUGUCUUUAUUCAGUACUACGGAUUGUCUGAGAUAUCGCUGUCUGUUUAUAAGUGACAUUAUGUCUGGUUUAUCAAUAAUUAGUAAAAUAUGACGUGGUGGCAUGCCCAGAUUUAGUUCAUAGACCACUUAAUAUAUUUAAUACAAACUAAUUAUAAACAGUUCUACAGUAAGUGUCAACUUAAUUGAACGAACACAAAGGUUCGCAAGUAGGAAAUGUAUUUAUAUCGGAUGAGUGCAUUUAAUGGGUCCUAGAUGGUGUUCAUAUCAGAGAAAUCAACAAAUAGCAUGUUCGUCAACUACACAUGAAGGUAUCCAUUUCGUAUUCCGAAUUCUGAACAUGUUCAUUUCUUCUGAAAUAUUACUUUUCAUUCCAAAAAUAAUGGCUGAGUAAUGAGUGACAAUUUGGUUUGGAUCCCUUCAAUCGGAAAUCGGCACAUUGUAUUCAGAAAUAAGAUUUGUUCAUGAAAUACAAGUAAAAAAACGGAGAUUCUUUGCUUCCUUAAACAUCCAAAUGGAAUAUCGGAGCACCAUCUUUCCUUCAUUAUUGACGUUUUUUUUGAAAAUAUACAAAAAUCGAGGAGAAUAUUUCUACCUACAGAAGUUUUCAGAAAAAGUGAUGUGAAUGCUGCACUUAGUGUAACAAUGUUCGGUACGCAUAUUACAGGUCAAACAAAUGUAUAUAUGAGCUUCAUUCUCAUGCAGGUAUUUAGUGCAUGGCCACUUGCAUGUUACUGUUGAUGAUUUUCCUUGCAACAUUUGAUAUGAUUAAGGUAAGAUUAAUUUUCGCGAUUAAUUUGAUCAUCACCACCUUCAUUUCAAGCAUUAGGCCCUUUAUUGGUUCGCCUAUUACAGUACCCAUCGUUCCUUCCAUCUUCCUUGAUUUCUUCUCCAAAAUUGCUUAAAUCUUCUGAUCUGGAGAGGUAAUCUUUCUCAACUCAUCCUUUCUGGGCCUUCGUUCGAGUUUCUCCUACUUUUUGCAUUUUAUAUGUUCAGUUCUUCCUUAAUUUCUGAAUUUCUAAAUCUGUCAGUUCUUGUGCAUCAUUUUUCUUUUCUUAGAAACCACAUCUCUGCUGCUUGUAUGUGACUUUCUUCACGUUUACUUAUAACCCUGAGAUAAUUUCAGCCUUGUUCCUUUCCUCACUUCAUUUUCUAGAUAUCUGUUUAUUGCUCCACAUAUAUUCCCAAGCUUUGCUAAUUUCUUUUCUACGUCUUCCUCAUAAUCAUAUGUUGCGCCAUGCCCUUAAUAGCUAAUAUUCAAUGUGUUUUUUGUUCUGUUUUUGUCUCUAAAGGAUGUUUCCCUUUGAACUUCAUUGAUUUUGUUUCUUUUCUGAAAUAGUCAAAUGGUUUUCUUCACCAUUAUUACUAAUAAUUUUAUUCGCCUUUCUAGAUCAUCUUCAUUCUCAACUAGCAAUGUGGCAUCGUUUGCACAUAAAACACAAUUCAAGCAGGAAUAUCUGUUAACAUCAAUCCUCCCUUUAAAAAAUCUCCUUCCAUUUCCCAAAUGCACCAACAAAAUAAAUCUUAAAACCAGAUGAGAGGAAAUACAGAUCACAACAAAUCAUCCCGAUGAUGACGCCUUAGAACAAGGAAAAGAAGAAACCUGCUUGGGAAAAAUAAAUUAAGUGGCAGCAGGAAAAGCUGGUUUUAUUUACAAAACAAGAACAUCAGUACAAUGACAUACCAUUACCAGAGCACUACUCCAGUUAUUUGAUGUUAAGAUAAUGUAUUACGCAGGCCUACUGAUAAUAUGAAAUUCCACACAACGGAAUAAUCAGCUAGGAGACUGAUUUUUAGAAUUAAAUUUUUAUUCACUGAAUGAUAUAAACGUUCUUGGAAUGAGUAAAGUGAUAUUAGCUGUUUCUUUUGUUGUUGUUGAGGUCUUCAGUCCUGAGACUGGUUUGAUGCAGCUCUCCGUCUACUCCAUCCUGUGCAAGCUUUUUCAUCUCCCAGUACGUACUGCAGCCUACAUCCCUCUGAAUCUGCUUAGUGUAUUCAUCUCUUGGUCUCACUCUACCAUUUUUACCCUCCACACUGCCCUCCAAUACUAAAUUGGUGAUCCCUUGAUGCCUCAGAACAUGUCCUACCAAACGAUCUCUUCUUCUGUUUCUUAUGUGGUCACUAAAUUAUAGUACUUUACUUUCCCUCAAACACAGAAUGUACCCCUGUAUAGUACAUCUAACAACUAGUGAGCUUGCAUACUUAUGUUGUAGGUCACUACAGAUUUUCUGUUAGUUCUAAAAGUUGAAGAAAAAAAUUGCAGUCAAAUAUAUAUAAUACAAAUAACGUUUAAAAAGCUUCUAACAGUUAUACUACCACUACUUCUCUUGAUAAUAUAUCAAUUACCUUAAUGAAUAUUUAGCUGUACCUGAUCAAUGCACUCUGAAAGACUUCAUGUGAUUUGUGACUUGUAAUUUUAUUUAUCUUGUAGAUCAUACUUUGUGUGCAGAGAAGCACAUGAUGACAUAGAACAAGUCAAAAAUGAAGGUGAGAUGAUACAUAAUUAAAAUGAUUAUGACAGUGAUAUUAGAAUGAUACAAAUGUCUAUAUGAUACGUAUGUAAUGCCAAGAAACAGAAAAAUAUAUAGGUGGAUAUCUUGUGAAAAAUUCAGAAUUGCCUAAUAUUUCUAAGUUUGCAUUAUUAAGGGAAAGAAAUAUAUAAGCAAAUAAAAUAGAAGUGCAAAAGUAGCAUAUGCAUUUAAAAAUUCGUUACUAAAGCAAAACAGUGAAGUUGUCACACUUCUGUAUUAAAGCAUUUGGGUUUACAUACAAAGUAAAGAACAUGGACAGAACAAAUAAUAUGGGAAUUUAAAAGCAUAUAUUAAAAAUACAUUACAAAGGACAAACUCACUUCUGUAUUGCAAAUUCAUAACAACUUAAAGAGAGUUACGUUGUAUAUAAGAAGAAGAAACUAGAAUUUUGUGUCAAGAAAU